AUGGCUAAUUCACAGUAUCAAUAUGUCAAGAACUUUGAGCGGGAAAAUUUUCUAUUGCCCGAGACGUACAUUGUGGUGAGAGUGGACGGACGAGGAUUCCAUCGGUUUUCGAAAUUCUACAAUUUUGAAAAGCCCAAUGAUGUAAGGGCAUUGAAUGUUAUAAACAAAGCUGCAGAAGGGGUAUUCAGAUCCGUGCAGGAUAUUUUUAUGGCGUACGGUGAUAGCGACGAAUACUCAUUCGCAUUUGACCGCUCGAGCAAUCUAUUUGAGCGUCGUGAAGCUAAGCUCGUAUCGACGGUUGUAUCGACAUUUACUGCUCACUACAUAAGCGCGUGGGCGAGCCAAUUUGACGAGCCGCUCAAGCCUGAGCACCUGCCUACAUUCGAUGGGCGAGCAGUAUGCUAUCCAAACCUCAAAGUGCUACGAGAUUAUUUUGCGUGGCGACAGGUAGACUGUCAUAUCAACAAUUUGUACAAUACGACUUUUUGGACAUUGGUUUUAAAAGGUGGGCUGUCAACGCAGGAAGCCGAACAACGGUUAUGUGGGACGCUGUCGAGCGACAAGAACGAAAUACUGUUCAGCGAGUUUGGUAUCAACUACAACAAUGAGAGUGAGAUGUUUAAAAAAGGAACUACUAUUGUGUGGGAGGAGCCCUUGGUAGGUACUGGUCAAUCGGGUGAGGAACCAAGUGCCCGGCAAGUUCAACGAAUGGCCAAAAAACGCUCCAAGAUAGCCCUGCAGCUCUUGCAUGUGGAUAUCAUUCGCGACCAGUUUUGGGGGAGGUUCGGCCCUAACCUCGCGUGA